AUGGUGGCAGGUGCAUCAGAACUUUGUGGUUUCCUUGAUUCAAUGAAUAUUAGAAGGGGACUAAUCACUCGAAAUGUCAAGGCAGCAGUUGAUUUGUUUCAUCAACACUUUGGGAUCACAUUUUGUCCAGCACUGAGCAGGGAAUUUCGUCCUUAUAAACCAGACCCAGCUCCACUGCUGCAUAUCUGUACAACCUGGGAAUUUCAACCAAGUGAAGUUAUGAUGAUCGGUGACAGCCUUAAAGACGACGUGGCUUGUGGGAAACGAGCAGGAGCUUUUACAUGCUUGCUUGAUGAAACAGGGAGGUAUGAUUCUCCGGUACAUGCCACCAUGGCUUAUAAACCAGAUUACAAGGUGUCUUCUCUUGCUCAGGUUUCUUCACUAUUGGAAGCAAAUUUUGACCUGACACCCUAA